AUGCUUCAGAAUCAGAGCAUUGUCACGUUUACGGUCAUCUGCGGAUUAGUUACGUUUUCACUUAGUUUCACUGUCAUUAGUGGAGAUGAUUUAUUCGAGAACGAUGACUGUCAGCUGCAAGACGGUUCAACGGGCAUCUGUACGAUCAGCACCAAGUGUCCUUGGUUCGUGUCGAACGUAAUUCGUAAGAAGUUGGUACCGUACAAUAUCAAGAUGAGGUGCGGCUUCGUGCGGGAUGUCGAGAUCAUUUGCUGUCCGAGGGAAGAGCCACAAAGCCAACUGCAAAACGGCGCUGAAGACAACAGUUUGGCGACACGCGGAUCCGGUCGGAAAGCGGUACAAGCAUGCCGAAACUUCCGCGGAACGACCAAGCUGGUCCAGCACAUUAUCGAGGGAGAAGACGCAGAAGAGGGGGACGUACCGUUCAUUGCUGCGUUGGGAUACGAAUCUAGUGAACCUGGCCGACGGUAUGACUGGGGUUGCGGGUCGAGUCUGAUAUCUGUACGAUUCCUCCUGACGGCCGCUCACUGUAUUCGUCCCAGUCGGCGACCGGUGGUCGCGCGAAUGGGAACCCUCAACCUAGACAUGUCAGAAGACCCAGACGCCAUACAGGAUUCACCCUUGAAGAACUUUUUUCCACAUCCGAAAUAUACGGGAAAAUAUAAGUAUCAUGACAUUGCACUAAUCGAGACGACCAUUCCGUUCGAAUACGAUAACAACGUGAACCGAGCAUGUUUACAUACUGCAACAGCCGAUUUACCUGUAACGCAAACCUUAAUCGCGUCCGGAUGGGGUAUAACGGAAACUGAAGAACGAUCGGACAAACUGCUGAAGGUCAACCUGACGACGGAACCUUUGGAACAGUGUGACAAAGAGUACCGACGGGAGUCCGGCACGUUGCUCGACAAAUUCCCCGAAGGAAUAACCCAGAUGCAGUACUGCGCUAUUGGGGCACGGGUGGACAGCACCGGCAGACGUCGAGACUCGUGCCAGGGUGACUCCGGGGGGCCCCUGCACUAUACGGACUACGACGAGGAACGGUUCUAUCUGGUGGGGAUCACGUCGUUCGGGCUCGGAUGUGGAGGAGCGGCCAGCGUGUACAUCCGUGUGGCUGCCUACCUCGAUUGGAUUGAACCGAUCGUUUGGCCUGACAGUGCCUCGCUAAAAAAAAUGGUGAUCGCGAGUAAACUACCACUGGAGAAAAUUCAGCUGUUGGCAUUCUGUGCCAUUCUCAUCCAAACGUUGCUGAUCACGAUCGGACAAUGCGAAACCCUCUACGAGGGUGACCUGUGCACCCUGCGCAACGGCAGUAGCGGAUUUUGUUUGGAAGCCACCAAAUGUCCGUGGUUUUUGGAGACAAUCGUCAAGAAGAAACUGUUCAGCGAACGAGUCACUUGCGGAUUCGAUGGGAAAAUCGAGGUCAUCUGCUGUCUGCCGGACCCCUCGAUCGCACAUUUGUUCGAUUUGAAGCCGGGCGUUCGGACGCAGUUGGCGUGCGAUCGGGUUCCGCAGGUCGACUCCCGGCUGACGUUCCACAUCAUCGACGGGGUGGAAGCGGAAGAGGGCGAAUUUCCCUUUAUGGCCGCAUUGGGUUACGAAAACGAAGAGGACGGCAAAGGGUACGAUUAUCGGUGUGGCGCUAGUUUAAUUUCUGACAGUUUCCUGCUGACGGCGGCCCACUGUAUACCGAAACAAAGUAGGCCGGUGGUUGCCCUUCUGGGCACACAGUCUCUCGAAUCCACCAGCAACGGAGUUGUGGUGAGAAUUAAGGAGUUUUAUCCCCAUCCGGAGUAUCGUAGCAGCAGAAGUUACAACGAUAUUGCACUAAUUGAAUUAGACCGCAGAGUGGAAAACGAACCGAACGUAAAUCCUAUCUGUCUCUACAGCGGAACGGAGGAUUUAGCGGAGAAUGUGGUCCUGACUGCCGAAGGAUUCGGCAUCACCGACGUAGACCGACAAGCACGUUCCUCGGUUCUGAUGAAAGUUAACCUAACGACGGUGGCACUGGACAAGUGUAAUCAAUCAUUUUCCGACAACAACCUGCUGACCAACAAUCGCAGAUUGUCGCUGGGAUUGAUUGAUACACAGUACUGUGCGACGGGCUUGGAGAAUGUCGAAACCAAACAGAUCGGAGACACUUGUCAGGGCGAUUCCGGUGGUCCGUUGCAGAUAGUGCAGGACGAGAAGUUCAAACUGAUCGGGGUUACUUCGUUCGGUAAUGGUUGCGGAUCCAAUACGCCUAGCGUUUAUACGCGAGUAUCUCGAUACAUUGACUGGAUCGAAUCGGUUGUGUGGCCCAAGCCUUCCGGCUGAUGUGGGUUCGAGUUCGAGUUUUAAGCAAACUACCCAGAAGAAUGUCAUACCACGUGAAUAGAAUUGUU